CAAUUCUUUCUUUUUGUGUUAGUUGAUAGCUCGUCCGCGGUCUUCAUCACGUAAUCUUCCGUAUCCACGUCUUUGUAUACCAGUCGAACUCUCCCUGUCCUUACCGUCCUUUUCCCCUUUGCAAAGUCACGGAUGCCCCUGACGUCUGCCAGAUGAAGAAGACUCAGUGCGGCUUCAUCACGAAGGCCCUUUCUCCUCCGGGCGGAUACGUCACGAUUUACGUCAACUGUGCGAAGGAAGCCGGUGUCGUUCUGGGGUCCUUCUUCUACACGAGCAUUAGUGAUGCUUUCAAGAGCGGAGCCCCAGAGACAAUCGUUGAGAUGACCUCUCCUGACCCCAAAGUGGUUACCGGCAUCCGCCGCUGCGCCAUGAACGCUACAGGCCUGGUGUUCCCCGACAUGAGCUUGGACCGCAUGGCCAUCGCCAACAUCCUCGUCGUGACCGCCGGCGGAUCUCCCCUGGGCUACGCCGUGGCU